UUGAAAGCAAUGUCACUUACAAGUAAGAAUUUAUUACUUAAGUUUUGGAAAAACAAAAUUUAAAAUUCAGUUAACGUAACGUGACAGUAGGCAGGAAUGGCAAACUCAUCAUGUCGCUGUGCGCAUAGUAAAGAAUCACGAAUCCUUGUCAUCCACACUGGCGGUUGCAUUGGCAUGAUGCGGAUGGAAGACGGGUCUUUGCAAAACGUUAGCGGAGAACUCAUGAAACGACUGCGCGAGGAUACCAGCUGUCACGACAAAGACUACAAACUGCCUUUCGAGCGAGGCGAAAACUCGCCUUUGGUCCUGCCGUGGAUUCAUGACACGCAAUAUCGUGUGAUCUAUGAUAUUGUCGAGUUUGCGCACUUGAUGAACUCCAGCUCUAUACAUUUGGAUGAUUGGGUGCAGUUGGCCAAAGAAGUGGAAGACAAUUACGAACGGUACGAUGGCUUCAUCAUAUUGCACGGCAGAGACACCAUGGCGUUUACUGCCUCAGCUCUCACAUUUAUGCUGGAGAAUCUCACCAAGCCCGUUAUAAUAACCGGCAGCCAGUUGCCCAUCAUUGAGUUGCGCACUGAUGGCCGGAGCAAUUUUAUUACAUCGCUGCUGAUCGCUGGCAACUUUGAUUUGCCCGAGGUGAUGCUGGUCUUUGGCCACAAAGUGUUGCGGGGCUGCCGCAGCACUAAGAGAGCAAACAAUUCCUUUCACGCUUUCGAUUCGCCCAAUGCCCCGGCACUGGGCACAUGUAGCGUUAGUAUCGACAUCGACAACAAAACCAUAUUUCAUCCGAACAAUUCAGGUCCGUUCACGGCAUUCACUGAAAUGGAGCCGAAUGUGAGCCUGCUACGUUUGUAUCCAGGCAUCUCAGUCGAGGUGAUGCAGAGCUUCUUCAAUCCUCCUAUGAAGGGCGUUGUCAUACAGAGCUACGGCAUCGGCAAUAUACCAACCAAAGAUCAUAAGCUGUCGGAUAUCAUCUCCGAUGCGAUUUCUCGUGGUAUUGUGGUUGUGAACAUGACGCAAUGUCCCAAUGGCAAAGUGAUGCCCCAACAUUUAACGUCCAAUUGGAUGGAAUUGGGCGUGGUCUGUGCCUACGAUAUGACUCAGGAGGCAGCAUUAACUAAAUUGUCCUAUGUGCUGGGAAAAAAGGAAUGGGACUUGGACGUUAAGAAGGAAAAGAUGGAACAAAGCUUGCGCGGCGAAUUAACCAUACCAAAGUCAGCUAAAAGCGCUGAAGUCGAUUUAAUCGAGGGCGUGGCACGCGAUCUCCAAGUCUCCAAAGACAAGAAACGCUAUGAAAUGUGUGCCACAUUCUUUCCAGCGCUCGUCGAAGCAGCCAUCCGAGAGGACAAUCCACAUAAACUAACAAAUCUGAAGCAAUACGGCGCCAAUCUGAGCGAUACGAACACGGAGGGGCGGACGGCUUUACAUCUGGCCUGUUUUCUGGGCAAGGAAAACUGCGUCAGAACCCUACUAAAAGAUGGUAGCCCAGUGGAUUUGACCGAUCGAUUCAAUCGAACGCCACUGCACGAGGCCAUCGAUGCGGACAAUCAUGAACUGAUUGAAGUAUUGCUAAAGAAGGGCGCCACCCUGACAGAAGGUCCAUUGGAAUUGGCCCAGAAGCUGCGCUCACUCGCUGAGCAUGGGAAUGUCGAUCGCUUGGAGUCAUAUCGCUUGGCCGGCGCCGAUCUCGAGGUGGCCGAUGGCAGCGGUCGCACAGCGCUCCACCAUGCCAGCCAGCUGGGCGAGAUAAAUGUGGUUAAGUAUCUGUUGCCCUACUACCGCAAUCCCAGUGCCAAGGACUGUCUUGGCCUGUGUGCCAUACAAUAUGCUAAAGCAGGCAAUUUUUGUAACAUUGUCGCCCUGCUGUCUGCAGACAAAAACUGUUAAGUUGCAAUAAA